AUGCUGUAUUCCGUGAAGCACCUUGCUUAUGGUGGCGCUUUCGUGAUUCCAAAUGAAAUAUUCAUCUGGGCAGUUGCUCUUCUCAUCUUCCCAUUCUUUAUUAACGCAUUCACAUUUGCUCGUUUUUAUUAUUUGAAAAGCAAGACGAGUCACAGUUCGGAAAGUUUCAAAAAUGCAAAGAAGAACAUGGCACUGUUCUUUCAAACAGUUAUUCAAGACUCGUUAUUCUCAAUCAGUGUCACUUUUACGAUGAAAAUGAAUACUCUCAUUGAUCAUCGGUUCUACACAUUCUUCAGUCAAACAUUCCUAUGGCAAAGCAUCCAUGUUAUUGAUGGUUUCAUCAUGCUUCUAUUCAACGAACGUUUGUCAAUGAAAAAAAUGAAAAGGAUCAGUCCUCAUGAGAAUUCUUUGAAGCAAACAUCGACGGCUGCAGUCGGAGGACAGAACCAGCUCACAACUGUUCAUUAA